AACAUCCCCCGCGUUUCACCAGCCUCCCUGCGUGGGGUCUCCGGGGACCGCUGUCCGGGGAGGCGGAAGACUCCGAGCCGCACCUCCCCCCGCAGGGCUGCGCAGCCCGAGAAAGCAGAAUCGAACCUCGCCCCCGGAGCUGCACCGGAGCUGGGAUCUAGGAAGAGAAACUUGCGACCGUGGCUGGGGCUGUACGCCCCCACCCCCACCCGGGCCCCGCCCAGAGCUCGAAGGAGGUUCACUGGGUCCCGACCCGGGACGGGGCCACCACCUGGCCCGCUCGCACCUUCUCGCUGGACAUCCCAAGGCUGAGCUGUUUCAGCGCCGUGCAGUUACUGAGUAUCGGGGUGCUCCAGGACAGGACAGGCCGGGACCCAGAGAGGCCGUCGCCGGGGACCCGGAAUACGGACUUCCACCCCUUCUGUGUUCUCUCAGCCCUCCGGAGACCCCAGCCUCCCUGGACCCUCCUCUGGAUACCACGUACCGCUGCUCCGUGCACCCCAGGGCAUUCGACCCCAGUCUUCCUGCCCUCCCCACCGAUCCUGCACCUCGGGUCCCCACCCUAGCUUCUCAGGGCUCCUCCCCCUGGUCCCCAGGGCGGCUCUGGUCAGCCCCCCUCGAGCCCCACAGCUGCCCAGGCAGGAGCGAGCCAUGCUCCAGCUCUUGGCGCUGCUGCUCCAGCUGCUGCCUGCGCUCGCUCAGCAGCCCGCGGCGCAGGACGUGAGUCUGGGCGUGGACUGGCUGACACGCUAUGGCUACCUGCCACCACCGCAUCCAGCCCAGGUCCAGCUGCAGAACCCUGCAAAGCUUCGGGAUGCCAUCAAGGUGAUGCAGAGGUUUGCAGGGCUGCCUGAGACUGGUGUCCUGGACCCAGUGACAAUGGCCACCAUGCAUAAGCCCCGCUGCUCCUUGCCUGAUGUGCUGGGGGUGGCGGGGCUGGUCAGGCGCCGCCGCUAUGCUCUGAGUGGCAGUGUUUGGAAGAAGCGAACUCUGACAUGGAGGAUACAAUCCUUCCCCCGGAGCUCUGCACUGAGCCAGGAGACCGUGAGGAAUCUCAUGCACCAUGCCUUGACCGCCUGGGGUAUUGAGUCGGACCUCAAAUUCCAGGAGAUGGAUUCUCAGAGCCCAGCAGAGCCUGACAUCCUCAUCGACUUUGCCCGGGCCUACCACCAGGACAGUUACCCCUUCGAUGGGCAGGGGGGGACCCUAGCCCACGCCUUCUUCCCCGGGGAGCAUUCCAUCUCUGGGGACACUCACUUCGAUGAUGAGGAAAUCUGGACUUUUGGGUCAAAAGAUGGUGAGGGGACUGACCUGUUUGCUGUGGCUGUUCAUGAGUUUGGCCAUGCCCUGGGCCUGGGCCACUCCUCUGCGCCUGACUCUAUCAUGAGGCCCUUUUACCAGGGCCCCGUGGGCCAUCCCUCCAAGUACCGCCUAUCCCAGGACGACCGAGAAGGCCUGCAGCAGCUCUAUGGGAAAGCGCCCCAAACCCCACAUGAUGAGCCCACAAGGACACCCCUGGCUCCUCCUCCCCUGCCCCCUGCCCUGCCCCCAGACAGACCCUCCCUCCCUGUCCCUGAUCGAUGUGAUGGCAAUUUUGAUGCCAUAGCCAACAUCCGUGGAGAAACCUUCUUCUUUAAAGGCCCCUGGUUCUGGCGUGUACAACCCUCAGGACAGCUGGUGUCCCCCCGACCUGCCCGGCUCCAUCGCUUCUGGGAGGGGCUGCCUGCUCAGGUGAAGGUCAUCCAGGCUGCCUAUGCCCGUCACCGAGAUGGCCGAAUCCUCCUCUUCAGCGGCUCCGAGUUCUGGGUGUUCCAGGAUCGGCAGCUAGAGGGCGCCGCGCGGCCGCUGGCUGAGCUGGGGCUGCCCCCGGGGGAGGAGGUGGACGCCGUGUUCUCGUGGCCGCUGAAUGGGAAGACCUACCUGGUCCGGGGCCAGCGCUACUGGCGGUACGAUGAGGCGGCGGGGCGUCCAGACCCUGGCUACCCGCGCGACCUGAGUCUCUGGGAGGGGGCGCCUCACACCCCCGACGAUGUCACCGUCAGCAACACAGGUGACACCUACUUCUUCAAGGGCGUCUACUACUGGCGCUUUCCCAAGGGCAGCGUCAAGGCGGAGCCGGACUCCCCCCAACCCAUGGGCCCCCAGUGGCUGGACUGCCCGGCCCCCAGCGCUGGCCCUCACUCUCCCAGGCUGCCCAAAGCGACUCUCAAGCCAGGACCCUGCAAUUGUCAGUGCGAGAUCAACCAGGCCUCGGGGCUGCCGUCGAUGCCCCUCCUGCUGCCCCUUCUGCCAGUGUUGGUGGGGGGCAUCACCUUCUGCUGAAGGGGCGGAAAACGCUACACUGAGGGGGCCGGGUUUCCCACCGCGCGUCUGUAGGGGGUUGUGAUCGCUGCUAAGCCUCAUUCUCUGUUCCCAGGCGCGAGAUCAGCAUGGAUUCAGCUGGGUAUAGAUGGGUGACAGGGAGACAAAGUCUGGCCCUGGGACCCAACACAGGGAAUGGUCCGUGCCGCUGCGGGCUGCCCCCUCAGGUCUGUCCUUUUCCCGGAAUAGUUGGCUUUUCUCAAGAGCUCAGCCGACUGACGCCCUGUAGCCCCUCUCCCUGCCUGGCAACAGCUGCUCACGUCUGUAUGGGUCUUUAGAACAAGGGCCCCCAAGCCCCGCUACCUGUUCGCAGCCAGGCGCGAGCGAAGUUCUCCAGUGCUCCGCCUCCUGUUGCCCUGGCACCUCUCCACCCCUCCCCCCGCCAGCGGGCGGGCAAAUGAAGCUAAGCUCACUUGAGCUCAGCCUCCCGUCCCCCACCUCACCUGAGCUCCUACCUUGCCUCCUGGCAUUCCCCUCCCAUAAAACCGGUCCCUAGUGCCCAAAAGAUUGGGGGGCGAGGCUUUAGAGGACCGGUCUGAUUGGGAGACUGAACCCCAGCCCUCCUCCUUUUCCAGAAGUUUCUCACCCUCUUCUGCUUCCACCAGGUCCCAGUCAACACCAUGUGGGUGAGGGCCCUGAGACCACCCCUGGGCAGCAGUGCUGCUUAUCCUAGGUGACAUCAGGGACCACGAGGGUGACCUUCCAUAAAUUGGUCCCUGGACCUCAUUGCAGGUCACCACCCCAGACCCAGCACUGUUCCCAUUUAAUAGGACACCCUCUUUAUUU